GAGAAUAGUUUUAUUAUACUGAUACAUGAUAAAACGAUACUGUUAGGGGUCCCAAGUUACACAUAAACAUAGUUACAGAAAGCAAAUGCAAACAUGUCAGAGACUGUACUAAAAGAAAAACAUCUUUAGAAAAUGGGGCGACAUACUAGGAACAUAUUAAUCCCUGUAAGAAUGUAACAGAAGUUGUUCUUCCUGCAUUUCAGACCUCAUUGUUACAAGCUGAUCACAAACCAAAUAUACAUUUAAAAUGGACAGUUGACAUGUUUUAUGAUGCUUAACACUAAUUUCUUCUAAAUGAAGAAGAGUAAAUAUGCGCAUGAAGGAAAACACUGCCAAAAUUAGGAAAACUAACAUGAGAUUGCUAAAACCUGUUAUAUAUAAGAUAUCUAAUUAUUUAUUUAUUAGAUAACUUUUUUUUUAAGCCAGUUUAUUAGAUAACAAUUUUGAAAGCAGACAGUUUUGACUAAAAGAAUACUGAAAGAGAGACAAAGUGAAUGAAAGCAAUAUAUAAUAAAUGGCAAAAGGUAAGACUGGCACUGAUACAUCAUAGAAUAGUUUGAUUUGGAAGGGACCUUCCCCCUAUAACACUGACAAAUAACAUGAGAAACUAAUAAAGAAACCCACUCAGGAAUACCAAAGCCAAAAACUCACCCAUCCAAGCAAGCUGCGGAUUUGCUGCUGCCUCGAAGGGACCUUCCAGACCAGCACUUACCAUCACGACCUCGCACGUUACCCAACCGUUCUCCCACAGCAAGCGAGCGCCAAUACACCCCCAAAGCGGCGAAGGUGAGAGCCUCCCUACGCGGGGCGGGGCACGGCGGGGCGGAUCUGCCCCUUGCAGUACGACUGCGCGCAGAUGGUGAGGCUCUGUUACCCUGGGUCUGCCUUUCCCGGCGGCCCUUGCACGCUUCCCAGUAGUCCGCGCGGCGCUGCAGGAUGAUCCAUGAGCUGCUGCUGGCGCUUAGCGGGUACCCGGGGGCGGCCUUCACCUGGAGCAAGCGUGGUGGCCUGCAGGUGUCCCAGGAGCUGCCGUUUCUGCACCCCAGCGAGACCAGCGUCCUGAACCGGCUCUGCCGCCUCGGCACCGACUACAUCCGCUUCGCUGAGUUCGUGGAGCAGUACACGGGGCACGUACAACAGCAGGACCAUCAUCCAUCUCAACAAAACCAGAGUGGGUUACAUGGCAUUUAUUUGCGAGCCUUCUGCACAGGUCUUGAUUCAGUGCUGCAGCCUUAUCGACAGGCACUACUUGACCUAGAACAAGAGUUUCUGGCUGACCCUCAUCUUUCCAUCUCACAUGUUAAUUACUCCUUGGACCAGUUUCAGUUACUCUUCCCUUCUGUGAUGGUCAUGGUGGAACAGAUCAAGACUCAGAAGAUUCAUGGAUGUCAGAUACUAGAGACAGUCCACAAACAUAGCUGUGGGGGGCUGCCUCCUGUUCGCAGUGCUCUUGAAAAGAUUCUGGCUGUGUGUCAUGGAGUCAUGUAUAAGCAGCUCUCUGCCUGGAUGCUGCAUGGAUUGCUACUAGAUCAACAUGAAGAGUUUUUUAUCAAACAGGGCCCCUCUUCUGGGAAUGUCCCUAGCCAACCUGAAGAAGAUGAUGAUGACCUAGGAAUUGGGGGCCUUACAGGAAAACAGCUACGAGAACUGCAAGACUUGCGCUUGAUUGAGGAGGAGAACAUGUUAGCUCCAUCUCUAAAACAGUUUUCUCUGCGAGUAGAAAUGCUGCCCUCAUACAUUCCUGUGCGGGUUGCUGAGAAAAUCCUUUUUGUGGGAGAAUCUGUACAGAUGUUUGAGAAUCAAAAUGUUAACCUGACCAGAAAAGGCUCCAUCCUAAAAAACCAGGAGGACACUUUUGCAGCAGAGCUACAUCGACUCAAGCAGCAACCGCUCUUUAGUUUGGUGGACUUUGAAUCAGUGGUUGACUGGAUACGGAGCACUGUUGCUGAGCAUCUUUGGAAACUGAUGGUGGAGGAAUCAGAUUUACUAGGACAACUAAAGAUUAUAAAAGAUUUUUACCUUUUGGGAAGAGGCGAACUAUUUCAGGCCUUCAUUGACACUGCACAGCACAUGUUAAAAACACCACCUACAGCUGUAACUGAACAUGAUGUCAACGUUGCGUUUCAGCAGUCUGCUCAUAAAGUGCUGUUAGAUGAUGACAACCUUCUUCCUCUGCUUCACUUAACCAUUGAGUAUCAUGGAAAGGAACAUAAAGAUACUUCUCAGACUCGCGAAGGGCCUUCCCGGGAGUUAUCUCCACGUGAAGCCCCUACAUCUGGAUGGGCAGCUCUGGGCCUUUCUUACAAAGUUCAAUGGCCGCUGCACAUUCUCUUUACUCCUGCUGUUCUGGAGAAGUACAAUGUUGUAUUCAAAUACCUGCUGAGUGUGCGACGAGUCCAGGCUGAGCUACAGCACUGCUGGGCUCUCCAGAUGCAGCGCAAACACCUGAAAUCUAACAGAACUGAUGCCAUCAAAUGGCGUCUGAGGGAUCACAUGGCUUUUCUUGUCGACAAUCUUCAGUAUUAUCUGCAGGUGGAUGUACUGGAAUCUCAGUUCUCACAACUGCUGCAGCAGAUAAAUGCCACACGAGAUUUUGAGAGUAUACGAUUGGCUCAUGAUCAUUUCUUAAGUAAUCUGUUGGCUCAGUCUUUCAUCCUCCUAAAACCUGUUUUCCACUGCUUAAAUGAAAUUCUGGAUCUUUGUCAUAGUUUUUGUUCUCUGGUCAGUCAGAAUCUGGGCCCAUUGGAUGAACGGGGAGCUGCACAACUCAGUAUUUUGGUGAAGGGAUUCAGUCGUCAGUCAUCACUUCUCUUCAAGAUUCUCUCUAGUGUUCGGAACCAUCAGAUAAACUCUGACUUAGCUCAACUGCUGCUACGCUUGGAUUAUAACAAAUACUACACCCAGGCUGGAGGAACCUUGGGCAGUUUUGGGGUUUAAGCACUAAGACCUUUUCUUCAGGCCGUGACCAAUGCCAUGUUAAGCAGUGGAGACUGUGCCCUUGGAGAGCUUGCACUGAACUGAGUGUUAAUUCGUGGCUGGCUCUUGCUGGUGAAGCCCUGUUUCAGAAGGAAUUGCCAGGAAGUGCCACUUACUGUGAGGCUGCCCUGUGACUGCAGAAAGCUACUCCAUGUUUUCCGAGCUAGUAAAAACAUGCUUUCUGCAACCCUGCAUAUAUGUAUAAAUGCUUUUAGGGAGGCAGUCUGUACCUCUUCAGAAAGUGAAAAAGCAACAAAAAUUACAAUGUCUUGACUCUUCAGCUGGACUAUGAUCUUUUGCAAGUUGGAGUAUGGAGGAAGUGGUCUGUUGUUCUUGACUAUGAAUUAAGUUGUGGCUCUAUUCAGAAGUUCCACUGCUUUACAGUACACAAUGUCUGCUAAUAAAAUACAGACUUGCAGGUAAAUGAAACAACUGCAAUAACAGCCUGAGGGAAAGGGGGAGGGAAGAAGGAUUUUUAGGAAUCUCUUCUCGUACAGUGCAUUGUUCUAGCGUAUCUGUAUAGGUAUAGGAGCUACUAGUGGUGUCACAUGCUUUCUCUAUAAAACAUAAUACAUUUUGUGUGCUAAAGUUAUGCCCAUCAAGACCGAAGUAGGAGCUUUGCCCUAUUCAAAAUACAAACCUCCCUCUGCUGGCAGAAAACUGCUAGAACUAAAACUGGGGAGAAACACGCAGGAUGCCAGUUCUAAAUGCUACUAGUGACUGUCCUACUGAACCACAAUAAAACCAUCUUGUCACGCAGUUAUGAAGAAUACUGUCAGCGUCUGCACCCAAGUGCAAAGGGUUUAGAGUGGCACAGCGUUCUGUUCCAUGGAAAGCAGUAUUUGGCAGGAACUUCUUGCAUGUUACUAAGAUUUCUUAGUCUUGCUAAAACAGACUAUCUUGCAGUAAGUCCAGUUGGAUGAAUGGCAGAAGAGAGCCCUCUGGUCUGUCACUGGGGUGUAAUAUCAGCUUUCCCAGUUUGAACGCAGAGGCUACCAGGAAACCACCCCUGCCCUCAAAGUGUUGGUAUUUUCACACUCUAAAGCUGCAGCUCUUGAGAAAGUUAUGUGUGCCUGGGGGGAAAAAGGCUGCUUUAUGCACACUUGGAUACAGUAACAACAGCCAGCCAAAUAAGAGUGCCUGGCAUCUUCAGUAUGCUACAGAUGUUUGUGGUCGGACUGUGCCUGAUGCAGAGUUUAAAACCCUGUGACUGUGGAAAAAAAGUUAGAAAACUAAGAAAGGGUGUUGAAGUUUGGAUGUGGGAUUUACAGACCAAUACAGUCAAAAUAUUAAGGUAAAAAUACAAAAUAAUAAGAUAAAAAAACCACCUCAAGAAAAACUUAUAUUUUUGAAGCAGGGGACUGAAGACUCUGAAGGAGGCUGGAUGAAGGCCUGGGUAAACAUACCUCUAGUCUAUAGGGUUGUAAAGAGUGAAGAACUGUUGAACUCUGCUUUUGUCUGUAUGCAGGUUGACCAUUAAGAUAAAGUGCCUGGCUGUGAAUGCAGCAGCUUAGAAAUAGACUUACUCCAUUACCAUAUAAACAAAACUACACAGCACUUACUCUUUACACCUCAGUCUCCCAGCAGUUCAGUUGUCCUAGGUCCCUGUGUCUGCAUCUCUUCUUAGGUAGUGCCAGUCUGCACUAAGGCAGGUCAAUACCUAUAUAGUCACAACAGUGA